CACAAACGUAUACACACUCUCUCAGGCGUGUUCGCUGGCUCGCGCUCCCUCUCUCUCACACAGUCUCUCAUAAAGGAGGCAAAGGAACGCAAGAGAUGCAGAGACAAGAAAGCAUGUCUUCAGACCCCCUGUCAGACGUGUGGGGUCCCCCGGCCUACUGGAUGUCGUGUGGUCACCCCUAUGACGAGAGGACCGUGUGGAACCCCAAGUUCUGUGUGGUCACUGACUGUCAGAUGCUGCUCCUGGACAAAGAGGAGAAGUUUUUGUUUCAGGAGCAGAGGUCAGAUUCAUGUAAGGUCCGGCAGCUGAGACGCACCAUCAGCGUUCCCGUGGAAACCAACUUCCACAGCCCAGAGUUCCAACGCCAGCUGUCCAUCGAGAGCAGCCCUGUGGCAGUAGGUAGUAAGGACUAUUAG